CUGGCGCGAGAACCCGCCCCCAACCCCCCCAUCCUCCCAAUUUCCCGCCACUCCCCUCCAUUCCCCUUCUCUCCGCCCCCAGUCCAAUCCCCAAUCCCCCGCCCCCCUUCUCGUCGGCGGCGAGGCGCAGGAGCAAGAUGCUGUGGGUGGACAAGCACCGGCCAAAAGCCCUAGACAAGGUCACCGUCCAUGAGCAAGUCGCGCAGAACCUCAAGAAGCUCGUUGCGGAGCAGGAUUGCCCGCACCUCCUCUUCUACGGGCCGCCGGGGUCCGGCAAGAAAACCCUAAUCAUGGCGCUCAUCAAGCAGAUGUUUGGCGCAGGUGCAGAGAAGGUGAAGAUGGAGAACAAGACGUGGAAGAUUGAUACUGGGACAAGGACAUUUGACCUAGAGUUGGUGAUGUUGUCAAGUUCCCACCAUGUCGAGAUGAACCCCAGCGAUGCAGGGUUUCAGGACAGGUAUGUUGUCCAGGAGGUCAUCAAAGAAAUGGCGAAGAGCAGGCCAAUUGAUGCGAAAGGCAAGAGAGCAUUUAAAGUGCUCAUCCUAAAUGAAGUUGACAAGCUCUCACGAGAAGCACAGCAUUCCCUCCGUAGGACAAUGGAGAAGUACAGUGCAUCAUGUAGGUUGAUAUUAUGCUGUAAUAGCUCCUCAAAGGUGACAGAAGCCGUAAGGUCCCGUUGCUUGAAUGUGCGAGUGAAUGCACCUACUGAAGAUCAGAUUGUACAAGUUCUGGAAUUCAUUGGGAAGAAAGAAAACUUGCAACUUCCAUUUGGAUUUGCUGCUCGGAUAGCAGCUCAGUCAAACCGCAACUUGAGGCGAGCAAUAUUAUUUUUCGAGACAUGCAAAGUCCAGCAAUAUCCGUUUACAUCGAAUCAAGUGCCGCCUCCUCUUGACUGGGAGAAGUAUGUGUCUGAAAUAGCAACUGAUAUCUUGAGCGAACAAAGUCCGAAAAGGCUCUAUUCUGUACGCCAGAAAUUCUACGAGUUACUUGUCAACUGUAUCCCACCUGAAAGCAUCUUGAAGAAGUUGUUGUCGGAGUUAAUGAAGAAAUUAGACUCUGAUUUGAAACAUGAAAUUUGUCACUGGGCUGCACACUAUGAACACAAGAUGCGUCUUGGGUCCAAGGCAAUUUUUCAUCUGGAAGCUUUUGUGGCCAAGUUCAUGAGCAUUUAUAAGGAGUUCCUGGUGGCCACAUUUGGUUAAGCAAACACGAAGCAUAUGGCUGUUUCCCGUGCCAACUUGCAACAGGAUGCUUACACUUCCCUAUCUCGGUCAUUGCAAUCGGCUUUAUCCAUCCGCGCAGAGUUUCCAUUUUGUAUGUACUUCGGCGUACUCUGUAACCAACUCGUGUGAGCCAAUCUGUUUUCUUUUGAAUCGUUGAAUAUUGAAACAAUGAGUCGUCCUUCUAUUGUUCCAUCUGUUUUGCCA